AUGGCCACCUCCUUCUUCCGGCGACUCGCUAGGUCAGCUCCGAUUGCAUUCCCCGCCGCAUCCGGAUCCCAAUGUAAACCUGGUUUUGGCACUUUCCGAUUCUCUACCGGUGCAAUCGCGGCACUUUCCGGCGGGUUCUCCUAUUAUUACCUCACUUCCGGCAACAAUCUCGUUUAUCUGGAUCAGGCUAAGGAAGAGACUGGACCAAAAACCGGUGCGUUGUUUGAUACACUAACUACGAUGAUCUGUUUUCAUUUGACUCCUCAGCCAACUUGGGUCUACAUGUUGCUUCUUGUCUCCUCACAAGGUAUGCUGUGGUCUCUCUCAGCUCCUCUAGAGUACAGUGCUGAAGGGAAAACGAAAUAUGUCACUAGACCCUACACUCCUAUAUCAGACCCAGAGGCUAAGGGCUAUUUUGAUUUACUGAUUAAGGUAUAUCCAGAUGGAAAAAUGAGUCAGCAUUUUGCCAGCUUAAAACCGGGGGAUGUGUUGGAAGUGAAAGGACCCAUUGAAAAGUUCAAAUAUUCGCCUAAUAUGAAGAAACAUAUUGGCAUGAUCGCUGGUGGAAGUGGGAUCACUCCAAUGCUUCAGGUGAUUGAUGCCAUUUUGAAGAAUCCCGAGGACAACACGCAGAUAUCAUUGAUCUAUGCCAAUGUUUCUCCGGAUGAUAUACUUCUCAAGCAAAAGCUCGAUGUACUUCAGGCUAAGCACCCAAAUUUAAAGGUAUUCUAUACUGUUGACAAUCCUAAUAAAAACUGGAAAGGAGGAGUAGGUUACAUUUCAAAGGAUAUGGCUCUGAAAGGCUUGCCUCUUCCUGCGGAAGAUACUCUUAUCCUUGUAUGUGGUCCUCCUGGGAUGAUGGAGCAUAUAUCCGGAGGCAAAGCUCCAGACUGGUCACAAGGAGAGGUCAAGGGUAUACUCAAAGAAAUCGGAUUCACAGAGCCAAUGGUUUUCAAAUUCUGA